AUGGAUCAUUGGGUGCUCCUCUUUGGCUGGAAAGCAAGGCUUACCAAUGAUGUCACUGUAUGGUGCGACGAAGUUGGCUGUUCGGAGACUUACCCAGGGAGCCGCCCUCGAUCUGGGAAAGUUUGGGAUCACUGUCAAUGUGUACACGCCAGGCGCAGUCGAUACUGAAAUGUGCAGAGAUGCAGCACUCCAACAAGGAGAUGUGAACGAGUUGAUUAAGAUGGUACGUUUCCACCGCAGUUGUGGAUCGCCUGGCUGACAACGAGGAAAGAACGUGGGCCGAUCAGCAUUGGACUACAUAGGGCAACCUGAGGAUAUAGCUGGACUUGUGUCUUACCUCGCUUCCAGUGAGUCACGCUAU